CCCAAACAGCAGCGCUGGACUCUCUGUGCUAACACACCCGGGGAGCCCACCAUGCAGUUCCUAGUCACGGUCAUCCUCACCCUGUGGGUCUCCUGGGCUCGUGGACAAGAAAUAACAUGUGAUCCUCCAGUAAUUCCAAACAGUGACUUUGCUUCUAAAAUGAACCAAUACGGACUUGAUGGUGUCAUCACAUACCAAUGCAGAAAUGGCUUCUAUCCUCCCCUUCUGGGAAAUACCACAAAAUGCACUCGUGUAGGCUGGGUACCCCGUCCCAGAUGUGUCCCUAAGCCCUGUGACUUUCCAGAAAUAAAACAUGGACGCAUCUACCGGGAAGAUAGCAUUAGACCAUACUUUCCAGCAUCAGUAGGACAAUCGUUUCCCUAUAGCUGUGACAAAAACUAUGUCAGACACUCACCAUUUUUCUGGGGAUCAAUUACUUGCACACCAGAAGGAUGGACCCCGAAAGUGCCCUGCCGCAAACAUUGUGACAUGCCCAUAUUUGAGAAUGCCAGAGCCGUAAUCACUGGAAGACCAUUUCGACCUAAUGCCACGUUGGACUACCAAUGCCUGGAUGGCUAUGAAAACAGAGAUGGAAGCACCAAGGGGUCCAUGGUGUGUGGUGAGGGCGGCUGGUCCCACUUGCCAACCUGCUUUAAAUCUGCAGACAAGUGUGGGCCUCCUCCAGCGAUUAGCAAUGGAGACUUCACCUCCCUCCUAUUGGAAGGGUAUCCUCCAGGGUCAAGAGUGGAAUACCAAUGCCAGGCCUACUAUGAACUCCGGGGUCCUCAAUAUGUAACCUGUAGUUAUGCAAAGUGGUCUGAAGUCCCGAGGUGCAUAGAUCCAUGUGUAAUAUCAGAAGAAAUCAUGCAUGAAAAGAACAUACGGUUAAAAGGGACAGAUGACAAAACCUAUUAUGUAAAAACGGAAUAUCAUUGAA